AUGACCGGUGCUAGGAUGCUGUCGGUGCUUCUGCUGCUGGUGGUCGCGGGCGGCGCGGCCGCGUCGCACUCGAGCUCGAGCUCGUCGUGCCCCGCGACGCCGCCGGACGCCGGGAACACGCUGCAGGUGUCGCACGCGUUCGGUCCCUGCUCGCCGCUGGGCCCCGGGACGGCGGCGCCGUCGUGGGCGGGGUUCCUGGCGGACCAGGCGUCGCGUGACGCGUCGCGGCUGCUGUACCUAGACUCGCUGGCGGCGCGUGGCCGCGCCCGCGCGUACGCUCCCAUCGCGUCGGGGCGGCAGCUGCUGCAGACGCCCACGUACGUGGUGCGCGCCCGCCUCGGCACGCCGCCGCAGCAGCUGCUCCUGGCCGUCGACACCAGCAACGACGCCGCGUGGAUCCCCUGCGCCGGCUGCGCGGGCUGCCCCACGUCGUCCGCGCCGCCCUUCGACCCGGCCGCGUCCACCUCGUACCGACCCGUGCCCUGCGGCUCGCCGCUGUGCUCGCAGGCGCCCAACGCGGCGUGCAGCGGCAGGGCCUGCGGCUUCAACCUCACCUACGCCGACUCCUCGCUGCAGGCGGGGCUGUCGCAGGACUCCCUCACCGUCGCCGGCGACGCCGUGAAGGCCUACACCUUCGGGUGCCUGCAGAGGGCCACCGGCACGGCCGCGCCGCCGCAGGGGCUGCUGGGGCUCGGCCGCGGCCCGCUGUCGUUCCUGUCGCAGACCAGGGACAUGUACCAGGCCACCUUCUCGUACUGCCUCCCCAGCUUCAAGUCGCUCAACUUCUCCGGGACGCUCCGGCUCGGGCGCAACGGCCAGCCGCAGCGCAUCAAGACGACGCCGCUGAUGGCGAACCCGCACCGGUCGUCGCUCUACUACGUGAACAUGACCGGCAUCCGCGUUGGCAAGAAGGUGGUGCCCAUCCCGGCGCCGGCGCUGGCGUUCGACCCGGCGACUGGUGCGGGCACCGUGCUGGACUCCGGCACCAUGUUCACCCGGCUGGUGGCGCCGGCGUACGUGGCUGUGCGGGACGAGGUCCGGCGCCACGUCGGCGCGCCCGUGUCCUCGCUGGGAGGGUUCGACACGUGCUUCAACACCACCGCCGUGGCGUGGCCGCCCGUGACGUUGCUGUUCGACGGCAUGCAGGUGACGCUGCCGGAGGAGAACGUGGUUAUCCAUAGCACGUACGGGACCAUCAGCUGCCUGGCCAUGGCCGCGGCGCCCGACGGCGUCAACACCGUGCUCAACGUCAUCGCCAGCAUGCAGCAGCAGAACCACCGCGUCCUCUUCGACGUGCCCAAUGGACGCGUCGGCUUCGCGCGCGAGCGCUGCACCGCCGCUUGA